ACAAAUUAGGUCAAUCUAGAAGUAAUCAUUUAUAGUUCAAGGAAGAUAUCAAUAGAUAUGGUAGGCACAAUUCAACCAUCAUUAGAUGCUUUGCAAUCUAUAAUCAAGAGUCAUCAAGAAGAUUCCACUGAAGUUCAGUCAAAUGUAUAUCCUAUCUUUAAAUACGUUGCCAAUGAUGACUUAACCAUUCAUCAAGCAUAUUUGAGAUUAGCUAGAUUGAAUGACAAGAAUCGUUCUCCUAAUUUCUUAUUUGAAUCCUCAGUUAAGGGUGAUACUGUUGAUAGAUAUUCUUUUAUUGGUAUUAAUCCUGCUAAAGUUAUCAAGACCGGAGAUGAUGAAACCAAAUUUGAAGGGAAAUAUCUUAAUGUUGAUCCAAUCACCGUGCUAGAACAAGAAUUAAAUGCAUUCCGUCAAGCUCCUUUACCUGGUUUACCUAAAUUCAGUGGUGGGGCUACGGGAUAUAUUUCUUAUGAUUGUGUUAAAUAUUUCGAACCAAAGACUAAGAGACCAUUGAAGGAUGUAUUGCAAUUACCAGAAGCUGUAAUAAUGUUUUGUGAUUUGGUUAUUGCCUUUGAUCAUGUUUAUCAAAGAUUUCAAAUCAUUAACAAUAUUCAUAUAUCUGAAUCAACCGAUAUAGAGGCAGCCUACUUACAAGCUGAAAAGGAAAUUGAUGAAGUAGAGAAGACUUUAACAUCUCAUGAUAUAUCCAAUGAUGAAAUAAACCCAGAACAACCUCCUAUCAAACUUAAUCAAACAUUCACUUCUAAUAUUGGUCAAGCCGGUUAUGAAAAUCAUGUUAGUACCUUAAAAGAUCAUAUUUUAAAGGGAGAUAUUUUCCAAGCUGUUCCAUCUCAAAGAGUGGCUAGACCAACUUCAUUACAUCCAUUCAAUAUAUAUCGUCAUUUAAGAACCGUCAAUCCAUCUCCUUAUUUAUUCUAUGUUGAUUUAAUUGAUUUCCAAAUCAUUGGUGCUUCACCUGAAUUAUUAGUUCAAUCUGAUGUAAAAGGUAGAGUUGUCACUCAUCCAAUUGCCGGUACUAUUCAAAGAGGUAAAACUAAUGAAGAGGAUGAAGCCAAAGCUGAGAUUUUAAGAUCAAGUUUGAAAGAUAGAGCUGAACAUAUUAUGUUGGUAGAUUUAGCUCGUAAUGAUGUUAAUCGUGUUUGUACUCCCACCAGUAAUAAAGUUGAUAGAUUAUUAACGAUUGAAAGAUUUUCUCAUGUUAUGCAUUUAGUAUCUGAAGUCAGUGGUACUUUAAGAGAAGAUAAAACUAGAUUUGAUGCAUUUAGAUCAAUUUUCCCGGCUGGAACUGUUAGUGGAUCACCAAAAGUGAGAGCUAUGCAACUUAUUGGAGAAUUAGAAAAGGAAAAAAGAGGUGUUUAUGCUGGUGCAGUUGGUCAUUGGGGGUAUGAUGGUAAGACUAUGGAUACCUGUAUUGCCUUAAGAACCAUGGUUUAUAAAGAUGGAGUAGCCUAUUUACAAGCAGGUGGAGGUAUUGUAUUUGAUAGUGAUGAAUAUGAUGAAUAUAUUGAAACCAUGAAUAAAAUGAAAUCAAAUAAUAAUACUAUUGUUGAGGCUGAAAAGAUUUGGGCUGAAAGAGUUGGAAAAUUUGAAUAAAUUUAGACAAUUCAAUUUAAUUAGACAGACAUGUAUAUAAAUAAACAAUAUAACGUUCAAACCGAGUAUCAAAUGAUGAUGUAGAGAACUUACAAUAA